AUGAACUCGUGCAUUCUAGACAUGAAGAUUCCAGAGUCCAAGGUUACAGUGGUCACCCAGACUUCCUACCAGCAACAAGACUCCACGAUCCGACCUCCUACCAACGACGACGGCGGCUCAGUAACACCAUACAACACCCCGAUACCUUCCGCCUAUAUAUCACCAGCGACCAACGCUGAGUAUCCUGAGUCCAGCUCUCACGUGUUUACUCUUCAGGGGCAGCAAGAUAAUGGGGCCCUUAGUAUGGCGCCUGCAGAAAGUUCGCUGUUAUCUCCAGAGUAUGGCUUAGAACAAACCGUUCCGGACUAUACCAACCAAAUCUCCCUUUGGGAGAGCGACUACGGAAUCAUAUCUGCAGCAGAUAGUCCGGCCUGA